CUCCGGGACGGGAGCGGGGCACUUCUGGAGCCAUGUCCUGGUGGUGCUGAGCUUCAGGUCACCAUAGGGUCUUCUUGGCGGCACAAAGGUGACAAUGAGGUGACAUUUCCGUCCCCAGGAGCCAUGUCCCGGCGGCGCUGAGCCUCGUCCUCCUCUCUGCCCCCCGCCACCGCCAUGGGGAGCAUCUACAAGGAAUAUUGGAACCGCGACAAGAUCCGCGAGCACUACAACUUCACCAAGGGUGACGGGGGCGAGGCCACGGCGCCCUCGCGCUGGGUGGGCUCCGUGCUCAUCGUCGUGCUCUGCUGCUUCAUCGUGCUGGAGAACCUGCUGGUGCUGGUGUCCAUCUGCCGCAACAAGCGCCUGCACCUGGCCAUGUACAUCUUCAUCGGCAACCUGGCGGCCUCGGACCUGCUGGCGGGCGCGGCCUUCAUGGCCAACACGCUGCUGUCGGGCAGCACCACAUUCAGCCUGACGCCCGUGCAGUGGUUCGUGCGCGAGGGCACGGCCUUCGCCACGCUGGCGGCCUCGGUGUUCAGCCUGCUGGCCAUCGCCAUCGAGCGGCAUGUGGCCAUCACCAAGGUGAAGGUGUACAGCAGCGACAAGAGCUGCCGCAUGGUGCUGCUCAUCGGCGCCUGCUGGGUGAUCGCCGGUGCCGUCGGCAGUCUGCCCAUCAUGGGCUGGAACUGCAUCAGCGACCUGGGCGACUGCUCCACCGUGCUGCCGCUCUACUCCAAGCGCUACGUGCUCUUCGUCACCACCAUCUUCACGCUCAUCCUCAUGGCCAUCGUGGGGCUCUACACGCGCAUCUACUGCAUCGUGCGCUCCAGCCACGCCGAGAUCGCCUCGGCGCAGACGCUGGCGCUGCUCAAGACCGUCACCAUCGUGCUGGGCGCCUUCAUUGUCUGCUGGCUGCCCGCCUUCAUCAUCCUCCUGAUGGACGCCUCGUGCCCCGUGCGCGCCUGCCGCGUGCUCUACAGCGCCAAUUAUUUCUUCGCCUUUGCCACGCUCAACUCGGCAGCCAACCCGGUGAUCUACAUGCUGCGCAGCAAGGACAUGCGCGGCGAGUUCCUGCGCGUGCUCUGCUGCUGCGGCCGUGCCCGGGGCCGCGGGCAGCCCCCCGGCCGGGCGGGGGUCCCGCUGCGCACGUCCAGCUCGCUGGACAGGGCUCCGGCCGGCCCGGCCACUGAGCUGCCGACGGUGCCGCUGACCCGCGAGUGCACCACGUCUGUGUGAGGGUGGGAGCGGGGUGGAGGUGACCAUGGGGGGAUUGGGGGGGUUUGUGGGUAGGGGAGUGCAGUGGGGGGUCGGGGGGUGUGACAUGGACACCCCAUGGCCACCCCGUGGUCACCCCAUGGUCACUCCUUGGACACCCCAUGGACACCCCAUGGACACCCCAUAGACAUCCCUUGGACACCCUGUGGACACCCCACGGCCUCAAGGCCACCCUGUGGAUACUUCAUGGACACCCCAUGGCCUUGUGUACACCCCAUGGACACCCCAUAGACACCCCAUGGCCCCAUGGCCACCUUAGGGACAUGCUAUGUCCACCUCAAGGUCACCCCAUGGCCACCCUGGGGCCACUCCAUGGCCCCACAGCCACCCUGUGGAUACUCCAUGGACACCCCAUGGCCUCGUGGACACCGCGAGGCCACCCCAAGGCCACCCUGGAGCCACUGCACGGCCACCCCAAGGCCCCACAGCCUCGUGGACACCCCACGGCCACCCCAUGGCUGCCCCAGGGCCGCCCCACGGUACGAGCGGCGCGGUUCCUCGCGGUUCCCCCGCGUUUCCCCAGGUACGGACGCAUACCUGGCCCCCCCCCCCCCGGGGCCGUCCCCAUUGUCCCCAUCGUUGUCCCCGCGGGCGCUCCGUGUGCCCGGACACGCGUGAGGCCCUUCCCACGCCCUGCCCGAGCCCCGGGGCCGCCGCCAGACCUGUCGGGCGAGUCCCGGGGCCCCUCCCGGCCCGUGGGCGGCUCCCGCCGCGUUCCCACCGGGACAGGCCGGGAUAACCCCGGGGGAUGCUCCGGGGACCCCCGAAAUCCGGGAUUUUCCCCCGCGCUGGUGCGCGGGGCCGGGGGCUCAUCCCAGUGCGGCCGGAUCCGCCGGGAGCCCCCCCGAAAUCCCCGGGAUUUGCCCCAAAAUCCUCCCCCCGUUGAAUUAAAUGAUUUUUUUUUCCAGCUGUUUCUGCGUCUUUCCCCAAAUUUUGGUGUGUGGGGGGAAUUUUCCUGG